AUGGAUUCCAAACGUACUUUUCUAAAUAAGUUUUUGAAUGAAGAGGUUUAUGUUGAACAACCCAAAGGGUUCAUUGAUCCUAGUUCUCCAAAUCAUGUUUAUAAGCUGAAGAAAGCUCUCUAUGUGCUAAAACAAGUGUCAAUAGCUUGGUAUGAAAGGCUCACUAAAUUUCUCACCACUAAUGGUUACAUGAUAGGUGAUAUUGAUAAAACAUUAUUUGUCAAGAUAGAGGAAGUGUCAUUUCUAGAGUUUGAUGUAAGUGAUGAGUUGUUUGUGUCUAUCGAGCAAGUAAAUGAGUUCGUGAAGGAUGAUGCUGAAGUGUUUAUGAUAUUAGCUUUUAUGAAGAUUGAGGGCAAAGUUGUGAUCAUUGAGUUACCAGUGGUGUGUGAUUUUCUUGAAGUGUUUCUAGAUGAUAUCAGUGAUUUCCCGCCAGAGCGUGAGGUUGAGUUUUCCAUAGACUUAGUACCCGAUAUUAGUCCUAUGUCGAUGGUGCCGUAUAGAAUGUCUGCUUCAGAGUUGAGUGAAUUGAAGAAACAAUUGGAAGAGUUGCUUGAGAGGAAGGUUGUUUGGCCGAGUGUUUCGCCGUGGGAUGCGCCGGUGUUGCUAGUCAAGAAGAAAGAUGGUAGCAUGAGACUGUGUGUUGACGAUGGACAACUGGAUAAGGUGACUAUCAAGAACAAGUAUCCACUUUUGAGGAUUGAUAAUUUGAUGAGCCAGCUGGUGGAAGCGUAA